AUGCCUUUGUGCGGCGGAACGAAAUCAGUGCAGCGCAAGCUGGUACUUUUAGGUGAUGGCGCAUGCGGCAAGACCUCAUUAUUGAACGUUUUUACACGAGGAUAUUUCCCAACAGUAUACGAGCCCACGGUAUUCGAAAACUAUGUACACGACAUUUACAUUGACAACACACACGUCGAGCUCAGCUUGUGGGACACCGCCGGACAGGAAGAAUUCGACAGGCUGCGAUCGCUCAGCUAUGACGACACGCAUGCCAUUAUGCUCUGCUUCUCGGUCGACUCCCCAGAUUCGCUUGAGAACGUAGAAACAAAAUGGGUUGGCGAAAUAGCAGAGAACUGCCCGGGUGUCAAGCUUGUCCUUGUUGCGCUCAAGUGUGAUCUACGCAAGAAAGAGGAUGACGAUGCCGACGAACAGCAGCCCGAGAAGCCAUGCAUUGAUUACAACGAGGGUCUGCGCGUAGCAGAAAAGAUUAAGGCCUUGCGAUAUCUUGAAUGCUCUGCUAUGAAGAACAGGGGUGUCAACGAGGCCUUUACCGAAGCCGCUCGUGUAGCGCUCCAGGUCAAGACCAGCAAAGACAAGAGCGGAGGUUGCACCAUCCUCUAG